UGAUGUAAACCAUGAACUUUUUGAAGCUUUCGUGUCCCUUACACAGUACACGCAAUCCCGGACCCAUUAUUUCGACAACGAAAGAGUAACUCAACAAGCAACCUUCAAACCUACCUAAUUCACGCCUCUACCAACAGCAGUGCCAAACUCGAUAUAACCACCAUGGCGCCCAAAAAGUCUGCUACUGCUACCACUCCUGCGCCCGUACCCGCGACCGCGCCAAUCGCACCAACAGCACCUACGACAGCUCCCAGCGUCGCCGUAGCCAAGACUAGCGCUAGCGGUCCUCAGUCGAUCAACCAGAUAGCAUGGAAUAUAGUCGAGCACUACCAGAAGACAACACCCCAACGCACCAAGCUGCUUGACGUCUUCAUGGCAUUCCUAGUCGUCGUUGGUGGUUUACAAUUUGCGUACUGCGUCUUGGCGGGCAAUUACCCAUUCAACGCUUUCCUCUCGGGUUUCUCGGCAACAGUUGGCCAAUUCGUCCUUACCGCGUCAUUACGUAUACAGACUACAGAAGCGAACAAAUCCGAGUUCCCUUCUAUAUCUCCAGAAAGGGCGUUUGCAGAUUACGUCGUCGGUAGCCUAAUCCUACAUUUUUUCUGCGUCAACUUCAUAAACUAAGCAGGACGGCCCGCGAGAGGUAUAUUCAAGGCAGUAAGGAAGCCCAAUGGCUGCUGGAUUCAAGCUAUAGGGCGGAAAAUCUCCGUAUGAAGAGAAAC